UCCUUGACAGAGUUUACUGUCUCCACCAGGCUGUCACGUCUUCAAAUCUCUGCACGGCUUCUAAAAUCCACUAGCCAAACCUCAGCCAAAAUGGAGGCCAUCAAGAAGAAGAUGCUCAUGCUAAAGUUAGACAAGGAGAAUGCACUGGACCAGGCUGAACAAGCUGAAGCCGACAAGAAAGCAGCCGAAGACAGAAGCAAGCAGCAUGAAGACGAACUCCUGCAAAUGCAAAAGAAGCUGAAGGGGACUGAAGACGAGCUUGACAAGUAUUCGGAGGCCCUGAAGGAUGCUCAGGAAAAGCUUGAGGUGGCUGAUAAGAAGGCUGCUGAUGCUGAAGCAGAAGUGGCUUCCCUGAACCGACGUAUCCAGCUGGUGGAGGAGGAGUUGGAUCGAGCUCAGGAGAGACUGUCAACGGCUUUGCAGAAGUUGGAGGAGGCAGAGAAGGCUGCUGAUGAGAGUGAAAGAGGUAUGAAGGUGAUUGAGAACAGGGCUCAAAAAGAUGAAGAAAAGAUGGAGCUUCAGGAGAUUCAGCUGAAGGAGGCCAAACACAUCGCAGAGGAGGCAGACCGCAAGUAUGAGGAGGUGGCUCGUAAACUGGUGAUUGUAGAAGCAGAGCUGGAGCGAACGGAGGAGAGGGCAGAACUUGCUGAAGCCAAAUGUGCUGAACUGGAGGAGGAACUGAAGAACGUCACCAAUAACCUGAAGUCUCUGGAGGCCCAGGCUGAGAAGUACUCUCAAAAGGAGGACAAAUAUGAGGAAGAGAUCAAGAUCUUGACUGACAAGCUGAAAGAGGCUGAGACCCGGGCUGAGUUUGCUGAAAGAUCUGUGGCAAAGCUGGAGAAGACCAUUGAUGAUCUGGAAGAUGAGCUUUAUGCACAGAAGCUGAAGUACAAAGCCAUCAGCGAGGAACUGGACCACGCCCUGAAUGACAUGACAUCUAUCUAACCAUCCAGAAGCUCCACCGUCCUGCCAAGUUGGGCCCUCCUGCCCACCAGCACCACCCAUCAGCACCAUCUCGUGCAUCUCAUUACUCAACUGUUGAAUGGAAAAGUUGUCUUCCAGCUUUACUUUGUUUCUUGCUCUAUUUAUCUGCUGAACUGGCUCCUUCUCACGGGGUUUCUAGUCUCUGUCUAAUGACCAUUGUUCAUUGAAUGUUUUCUGUGUCUACUCUGUUCUCUAACAAGGUGAAACAAGAGGAGAAAAAAGCUUGCGCUAAUGAAAUGUGUCCAUGGCGGUUCUUGUUACGUACUCCAUAUCAAAAAUUGUGGACACAAAAACCUCAAAUAUAUCACAAAAAAUGAUUUCCAUACAUAUAAAUAUAUAUAUAUAUAUAUAUAUAUAUAUAUAUAGACUCAAUUUGACCUUCAAGUAUCAGUAGUGGGGUACUGUACAGAACCCAGGAGCCAUUCAGUGUCUUGCUUAAUUACACCUGGACAUUUAGACAGCAGGAGCCGUGGAUGGAGAGAGGCCACAAUGGUCAGGUAUUAAGCAAAAUGUAAACUUUAAAUUUGAAUGUAGGCCUCAGCAGGUCCUUUUGUACGGCAUUAACCUAAAUGUUGAGUGUCGGCCGAAUAGAAUAUACAGGAAAUGUUUUGAAACUCCAGAAAACCCAGUGGACAUCAUCGCCAAUGAGUGACCCAUUGCAGGAAAAGUAGACAUGGCAGAGAGUUUUAAGUAGAAAAAAAUUAAAGGGAAGAAGAUAACCUAUCAAGUACAAUUUAUAAUGUAAAAAAAGGUCUGUCCAUCAUGAUAUUACAGGUUGCACUUUACAAAGCUUAAUUUGCAAAAUUUGCUCUUAUACAAACUAAAAGACUAAUUUCCCAAUAAAUGAACACUUCAGAUGCAUCCUUAAGUCACAGUGAAAAGAAAACGGACAACCACAGACAGUGGGAGAUGACGGACAGCUGAGUAGUGCAUGCACUACAAUACAUGAACUGUAUACAAAACAAGUGUGUGCAUGAAUGAACUGAAAACAGAAAAUAAGAUCAAAAAGUGUUGGUACUCAGUACCCAGUACUCAGUACUCAGAUCUGAAUAAAAGUAGCAACAAUCUUUCGUGA